ACUGUGGGGUCAGUGAGCGCCGCGCACUUCAGGAGGCUAUACACACAUUCGCUCGUCGCCCCCUCCCAGCCGGUGUCCCACGCUGUUCCUUCGCCGUGUGGUCGCAACAAAGACAUGAUUGAGGGGCACGUGUUCACCUAAUCCCCUGGCUCAGAAGCGUGGGGCUGGCGGGCAUGGCGUGGCGGGACCCUAGCGGCCUGCAGGGGGUCGCCGCGCGGGCUGUGGUGGUCCCGCUGGUCAGGGCCACCGAACACAGCAUUCGCCGCCUCCUCGCCAGCGUCCCGGCAGAGCUGCUCAUCGCAAGGAGCACGGCGGAGUUUCUGUUGCAUAAUAACGACAACGACGACGACGACGACGACGCAGACUUUGACGAGGAAGCGCCACUCGGUGACCCGCCAGAUGGCCGAGUGGACGCCAUGGAUCGCGUGAUGCUGGAGGUGAAGGCUGUGGUGGCGGCGGUGCGGCGUUGGUGGACACACGUGCCGGGCAGCAAGGCGGGGCCAGGCCGCUGCCUGGAGGCCGCUCUCGACGUACACACCGAGGUACACCCGCAACACGACUCGGACUUCCCGCGGCACCUGACGCGCUUCCUCUUGAGGCUGGCGCUGCUGCGGGACGUGUUCCUGGACCGGGACUAUGGCGACAAGGACCGCCGCUGUGUUAUACCCUUUGCCUGGGAGCGAUGGACGGCCCGGCUGGUGGCCCGCCUGGCGCCCUUCACCCAGCUGGCCCAGCUGCGGGUGUACGGCGGGCUGUACCCCAGCAUCCUGGCCGCCGUGCUGCGGGGAGCCUCGCGCCUCGCCUCGCUGCAAAUCUCGCACAUCAACAUCACGGACGACAUCCUGCUGGACAUCGCCAAGUGGUGUCCGAACCUGCACACGCUGCACCUGCUGCACAACUUCCCGUGGCAGGUGAUAUCCAUGAAGGCGUUUUGUGCCGCCUUCUUCAGCGGCGCGAUGCCGUGCGAGGUGAUUGGCGCUUAUAAGAGUGGGCGUCUUCUGGACAUCCAGCAGACUUUUCCCCAGCUGAAAGACGUUGAUCUCGCGUACGGUGGCAUACGCGUGGCGAGUAAGUUCCACAAGCUCUUACUAAACUUUUAUCCGGAACUGAGGAGCGUCAGCAGCCCCUGGAAGACCACUCACAUCGAGGACGGCUACCAGUACUACGGGCGCGAAGUUCUCUUUUCGCUGUUGGCCCGCGAGCGUGUCCUGGCCAUCCGAAGUGUGUUUUUCGACGACGUGACGCUGUACACUCUGCGCCAAGAGCGUCUGGAGCAGCUGGCUCGGUGCUGCCCCCAGGUGCAGGCCGUCACCGUAGACUGCGUUCUGGUGGAGCCUGAACACGGGUGUGACGAGGCCGGGGCCAGACUCGCGCAGCUCACGGGGCACUGGAAACACAUGUCAGAGCUGCACGUGAACGUGAACACCACCACCAGCCGAACCAAGGCGCUGCUGCAGCCGUGCCUCCGCGUGCACGGCGCCAGCCUCACCGCCCUCACCGUGGAGGCAGACUCGCCCGGCCUGGUGCUGGAGGCCACGCUACUUGACAUCCUCCUGCAGGCGUGCCCCAACCUGACGUGCCUCGGCGUGAGGGUGUGGAACAGGAACAUGAUGGAGGCACAGCUGGAUGGCCAGGACAGGCUGCCACUGCCACAGUGCGCGGCUCUGCAGAAGUUUAGUCUUCACGAGCAGGGUCCAGGCGACGGAGACGAGGCGGGACACGUGGCGCGGUGGCUGGCGCUGGUGGGGGGCGUGGUGGCCGCGGCACCGGGCCUGGCCACCCUCAGCCUCAGCCUGUGCCGCGGCCUGGCCUGCCUGCUAAACACUCUCGCCUGCCACGCCACAACCCUGCACCUGCACGUGAAGGACGGCCACGAGUGGCAGCCCACGGCGGAGGAGCUGUGCCGGCUGGUGGGUCGAAUGCCGCGCCUGCACCACCUCUACCUGGAGGAGGUGUCCGGCGAGUUGUUCUGGCGGCUCAGACGACGCUACCGACACACGGACCUGCGGCUGCACUGGGGCAACCUGCACGGCUGGCCGAGGACCUGACUGUGAACCCGUUGUUGGUGACCGUGUGUAGCGGUGCUUCAGAGCAGGAGCGUGAUUGUGAGGAACAUCGGAAGAAACUUUUAUUGUGACCUAUAGCCUAUAGUGCAGUGUGGAACAUGAUCUUUAUAAUAAGUGUCCUUCAAUAGAGAGUUUAUCACAUACCUUCUCUAAAGAAAGGCACACAAGUCAAUGACACCGAUAACACGAGCUAGCCGUUUAGAGUGGAAGAUCGUUAAUGUACAGGAGGAAAAGAAGGGGGCCUAGAACGGUGCCUUGUGGGACACCUGAAGAAACAGGGACAGUGUCAGAUGAAGAUCCGUCAAGAAGAACACGUUGAAUCCUGUUAGUAAGAAAUGCAGUGAUACAGUGUUGAAUAGGUCCUGAAAUAUCGUAGUAUUUCAAUUUUAAUGUCAGUCUUUUGUGCGGGACUUUGUCGAAGGCUUUGGCAAAAUCUAAAACAAAAGCGUCAACUUGUUUAAUGUCACGUCGGUCAAGUAGCCUCGUAAUGUCGUGAAAUGUAGUAAUGAGUUGCGAUUCACAUGAGCGUUUAGGUCGAAAGCCGUGUUGUGAGUCAGUAAGGAUGUUGUUUGUGGUGAUCCAUUAUGUGUUUGUGUACGUAUUAUUGUUCGAAAAUUUUACAUGGAAUCGAUGUUAGUGAGAUGGGGCGAUAAUUGUUAUAGUAGUUGUAAUUAUAUCAUUGUAUUAUUAUUAUCAUUAUAUAUUACCAUGGAUUAGGAAUGCCUGUAUAGUGGAAAAUACCCACUUCAGAGAGAUCACGCCACCUUUAUAGGAAUGUCAUCCGUCAGUGUUUAUCGUCCGUUCGUUCUCGGUAUGUGUAACAAACACUUCGUCAUCUCAGUGGUCACCUUGACUUACGUGACCAAUUGUAAUUUAAUUAUUUCCCAAGUCUCUAACGUCACUCCUUCCUGAGAGCUCGACAGACACAAAUCUAAUGUCUCGGCUCUCUCUCCAACGCUCCCUGUAUUUUAGGUUAAAGAAUAUACUCACCUAAAGCAGCGAGUGUUUCCCUCACGCCCCUGUUCGCCCACCAAGACCCUGUCUGAGCUCCACGCAACCAAGCCUUACACCGUUACAUUAUUGGUGAUCAGCGGUGCUCCAACGUGCCCUAGCCAUCGCUACCUCAUCUGUUCUACAGCGCUACAAGCCACAAGAAUUCACAGAACAGGGGACAGGCGUUGCGUUACAUUACGUUACAAGGUAGGAGUCACAAACAGGCCAACAACAGGCCUACGCAGCCGAAGGCGGGGGCCACACCCAAGAGCCGCCCCGCCCGCUACAAACCAACAGACAGCUACAAGCUCUCCACAGGCCAACAAGCCACUACAAGCUCACUGCCAGCCACCUGAUACGCAGAAGAAGUCACACCCGCAGCGGCCACACCCACGAGCCGCCCCGCCCGCUUACAAGUAACUACCCCCAACACCUGUUUUCCAUAAGAACUUUCAUGGUCUAUAUUAUUUCUACUUUCCUCAGUCCUUCUAUGUGUCAGUAAUCUGCCCGGAGGGUACCACUUAUCAACAGGUAAUUGGUCACUAUGCCGUAGCGGAAGCAUGCUAUAUCCGCUCCACUAACAUAACAACGUACCCAUCACGGAUCCGUUUGUUUUUUACUGCCAAUAUUUCCCAUCGAGUGUUUCCUCUGCGGUCUCUCGAUAACAUUCACUUCUCCAGCAUCUCUUAUGUGACUAAUUCCCUUAAUUCAUUGUCUUUUGCAAACGAAACAGAGUUUGCAGAAACCCUGGAGGAAACGCUGCCUGAAUACUUGCACCUCACCUACUUGUACCCUGGAAUUUUUGUGCCAGUGUUUCUGAUGUUCGUCAGUCUCGUCGUCGUGUGCUACCUUCUUAGGAGGAACUCUGUCCUGCACGAUUAUUUGGUUGCUCAGAUGAGGCGACAGGAUGCAAGGAAGCCACUGGCAAGGUAGUUUUUUUUUUUUUCUCACGCAAGAAAAUUGCAAGAAAUGUGUUAUUUCUCCUGCUCCUGUACCUUAACAUUGUACUAUGUUUUCCCACCUUUUGUUAUUAUUAUUAUUAUUUUUUUGGAAGCUGGAUGAGGAUUUCAUGUUCUGUAACUAUGCCACUUGUUAACUACAGAUACUUGUGUUUUUAUGUUUAUCCAUUGAGAUAUUUUUUUUCUAUGGAUUAUAUCACACACGCUGGUGUUACCUCUCAUUAUUUAUGUCAUUACUACACGAAUAUUCUUGCAUAGCCAUUGUUUGAAUGUACUUGUGCCAUAAGCAGUCUCCUCAACAAGAUCACACUAUGUAUGGUCAACUACUAGUUAUAUUUUUUUUUAAUGUCGCGAGGUCGCGAUCAAUGGUAGGUGUCCGAGCAGUGUUAUAGUGGUUGUAAUUAUAUUAGUGUAUUAUUAUUAUCAUUAUAUAUUACCAUGGAUUAGGAAUGCCUGUAUAGUGGAAAAUACCCACUUCAGAGAGAUCACGCCACCUUUAUAGGAAUGUCAUCCGUCAGUGUUUAUCAUCCGUUCGUUCUCGGUAUGUGUAACAAACACUUCGUCACCUCAGUGGUCACCUUGACUUACGUGACCAAUUGUAAUUUCAUUAUUUUCCAAGUCUCUAACGUCACUCCUUCCUGAGAGCUCGACAGACACAGACCUAUUGUCUCGGCUCUCUCUCCAACGCUCCCUGUAUUUUAGGUUAAAGAAUAUACUCACCUAAAGCA